CAGCCAUCAUUACCCUGUCCUCAUCACGAGGCGACACGCCCCUUCCUGCGGUACACCUGUGUCUCAGGUGUCAAGAGACACACAGUGUUGAACGACUCCCGACUCCGGCUGCAAACAAGAUCUGUGAUUUUUCUCCACAAAGGCCCAAAGAUCCCAUGAGGCUUUUCACACGAUGAGAUCGAGCUACAUAUUCCUGCUGGUUUACCUCGUGAGCAGCUCGUGUGGAGGAUCAAAUACACAAAGAAAUGCGUGGUGCACUGCCAAAGAAAGCUGCCAUCAGGGGCCCGAUGCCGCCUCGCUCUUCCUCCAGUGCGUGGGCCUGCCGCCCACCGACACGGGGACGGACCACCUGCGGAGGCUGAAAGGAAUGCUGGAAGCAGCAAUGGACGUGUACACCUUCAUGAGAUCCAGCACGACGGGCGUGCCACUUCUGAGCCUGGAGGGGGCGCUGCUUUUAAACCAGGAGGCGGACCCCCUGCAGAACCAGGACCUGGUCCAGAUGUGGCUGGAGGUCAAAAUGAGGCCGCUGCUGAAAUCCAUCACCAGACACUUCCUGUCCUGCCUCAGCACCAAAAACUUCAGCUGCUCCACCUACCAGACUGUUGUGAAGCAACUCAGCCACUAUUACUCUGAGAUGGAUCCCGUCAGACAGAAAUGGAUCUACACAUUUUUUAUGUACCCUUUCCUGUCCGGAGACAGAGUCGCUGGUUGUGUGAACUCAUCCGAGAGCAGCGAGGAGUGGCUGAUGAAGAACUUUGGUGCUUUCAGAGCCAUGGCUCGGGUGGAGGACUUCUCGACUCUCAACAUGGUUUUCAGUGGAUUGGAGGUUCUCAACCUGCUGUCUCCGGCACAAAAAGCUGAGCUGCUGCUGAGGCCCGAGGUUCAGAGCUUAGGCAACGGCACCAUGAGCCUGGUGUUCCACAGCAUGAUGGCCGGUGUUCCCGGCGUUCCGCCCACUGCCGGUCCGGGCUGGGGCCACAACUGGACGAGCCCUGGAUACCCGCCGGGAGUGCCCACCCACGGUCCGCUGGUCCCAUUCCAACCGUAUCCUCCUCAGAACGGCCUCAGAGAGGUCGUGAAUGGAUUCAUGAUGGCGUUCAGACCUCUCAGCAGCUUCGUUCAGAACUUUGUGGACUUCACAAACGAGAGGGACGUUUCCCAAAUAAAGAGCACGACGCUGACUCAGUUCCUGUUCAACUGGACUCUGGCCCAGGUGGCGGACAUGUACCGGAACUCGUCCGCGGUUGCCCCGAUGCCCCAGUUCGACGUGACGAACGUAGAGGACUGGUACCAGCAUGUUGUCAUGCCGGUGCUGCGCAGGUUUUUACCGGGUCACGUUGAUCCGAUGGAUGACAGCAUCAGAUUCGCUUUUCACCGAGUAUUCUAUCUGGACCAUAAUAUGGACAAUGAAACCUCUGAGAUCUUCGACGUCUGCAGCAUCACCCUCGACAGAAACCCGUGUGGGCUGACCGACGUUGUGGAAAAUGUGGCUAAAGUGUUGCACUGCGCCGCUAAAACCGACCUGACGAUGACGGAGGAAAACAUCAUGGGGCUCGUUGUGGAGCUGGCAGAACGUCUCGGCUCGCUCAUCAAGGAGUUGUCCACAGUGGACUUCAAGGAGCUGGCGUACGAGUUCCAGCAGAUCUUCAGUGUCUCUGAGUCUCCGUCUCUGACCCAAGAGCACCUGGAGGACCCCGAGUUCAUCCAGCAGUGGUUUAAGAUCAAGCUGCUGCCGCUGCUGCCGGCCGUUCAGCCGGACCUGCUGGCCUGCCUCAGCACCAAGAACUUCUCCUGCCCCGCUUACCAAACCAUCGUGGCGGGACUCAGCCGGCACAUGGGUUUCAUGGAGGCUCCUCCGAUAUACAGCGAAAACAUUUAUGAGCACUUCAUCUACCCCUUCCUGCGGCAUCACAACAGCUCCGACCCCCAGUGUGUCUCUUCAGCCAACAGCAGCACAGAAUUUCUGAGAGAAAACUUCGGUUUCUUCUCAAGAUUCGCCUCUGUCCUCGACUUCUACAGGCUGAACCCUGAUUUCAUGGGACUGGAGGUCCUGCCCAUCCUGACCCCGCUGCAGUUAGCGGAGAUGCUGCUGCUGCCUCUCCCGACUCCUCCACAGAAAGACGUGGUCAUCGACAGAGUGUUUGACUUCCUGACGGAGUCGCCUGGGGACAGGAGACUCCUGCAGGUCCUCCGCUCUGUGGUUAGCCUCGCUCAGCAGGUCGCUCCUCCGUGCGAUGUCUAUGAGCGCAUCUUUAUCCAGUUGUACAAGAUCAUACCGUCGCUGUCUCCGGAGCUGGAACCAUAUGUCUGGGCAGCCAUCGAUGAGCUGAUCUACCUUGCACCACCAGAGUGCUUACCUGGGAACAUAACGUGCCCAGAGACCCAGGUCAAUGGUACUGCAGAAAUCUGUAGAGAAGUUGACAGCUCGAGCCUGCAGUUGUACCUGACCUCAUCCAUGCAAACCUCCUGUAAUUUCACCCUGGAGGAAUACGCAUGUGCGCAGCUGGAGAACUUCACAGCCAAUCAGCUGGCGGCUCUCCUGAAGUGUGACCUGCCAGGAAACAGCAGUCACUCCAGAGUCCUCUGGAAAAUACUGCUCACCAAGCUCUCCUUCGUCCUGGACCCAGCGCUAGACCGACUGGAUAACAUGCCCAUGGCCAUGGUCGGCCCGUCGGCGAUGGAGAUCUUGGACGUUCUCGGAGAGAUCCGGGUGUCGAUGCUGACUGCCGAGCAGCUGAUGGACAGCAGUGUGAUCGACCUCUGGUUCGCCGGCCGCCUGAGCAGCUUCCUGCCUUCCGCAUCGGGGAGGUUUCUGCUCUGUCUGAGCAACAAGAACCUGAGCUGCCACUCAUACCAGCAGAUAUUGCAGGUGUUCGUCCACCAGUUUAUGAACACGACCCUCGAACAGCAGCGCAGGAUACUGAGGAGUUUCAUCCUCCACUUCCUGACACAGCAACACUCGGACCCCGCUUGCGUGUCUACGUCGAAUAACAGCAGCGCAGAGUGGCUCCUGGAGAAUUUUGGUCCAUUUUCAAUGUUUUUGCCCCUUGAAGAUCUGUUCAACCUCAACCCUCAGUUUAACCCUCUGGAGGCUCCUGAGCUCCUGACGGCGAAGCAGAGUGCCGAGCUGCUGCUGUUGGAUCUUCCCGCUCUCCCUGAGAAAGAAGUCGUCCUCAACGGGCUUCUGAACCUCCUGACGAAGCCGGGGGAGGAGAGGAAACUCCAGGAGUUCCUGUCCCAUCUCGUCACGCUCCUCCGGCCGGGAACCCUGUCCUGCUCGGCAUACCGGACGCUGUUUACCAGACUGGACGUGGUCGUACCUACAGCGUCGGUGGACGUGGCGUCGUCCAUCGUCUACAGCAAGACGGAGAUAUCCAAGUACAUCCCACCUGGUUGUGUCAUCUACAGUGGAGAGUGCAACAUCACCAUGACAAAUGAAACGGAUAUCUGUAUUGGAGUGAACAGCACGGAGCUUCAGCUCCACCUCGACAGCGGCAACCUGGAAGGACGUCUCUGCGACUUCGACGUCGAGGAGUUUGCCUGUGCCUCGCUGAAUAAUCUGACGGCAGAGAACCUGGCAGCGAUGCUGCAGUGUAAUCGUUCCUCUAACAUGAGCGGAUCCAGACCUGUCUGGAAGCUUCUCCUCUCCAAAGCCUCUCAUGUGCUGGAUGAAGCUCUGGAUCAUCUUUCCAAUGUGACACUGGACCCAAACAAUCCUGCACUUCCGAUGAUUCUGGACUCUGUUCGAGAAAUCCGGUUGGACACCCUCGGCAUCACCAGCCUCAACAGUCCAGCUGUCAUCCAGCUGUGGUUCACCCAGCGCCUGCGUCCGUUCCUCGCCGCGGUCUCACCGGACUUCCUCUCAUGUCUCGCCACAAAGAAUUUGAGCUGCAGCACCUAUCAGCAAAUUUUACAGGUUUUGAGCCGAGUCCAGCCAGACAUGACCCCGGACAGGCAGAGGUCUGUGUACACACACCUGAUCAGGGUUUUCCUGACCAGGAACAACACUGCAGACCCUUCAUGCAGCCUGGACACCGACAGCAGUGGACAGUGGCUGCAGCUGAACCUGGGAGCGUUCUCCGGCCUCCUGUCCUUCCAGGACAUGCAGAUGAUCUACCCCAGCUUCUCACCGUUGGAGGCCUUGCCGCAGCUGACGGUGCGACAGCUGGCUCAGGUCUCCGCCACCCCGGGUCAGCUCGCCUCCCCGGACCAGGUCGCCGUGGUGAUGGGUCACGUCCCCAGCCAGCUCCUCCCCGACUUCUUCGAUGACUUCUCGCCCGCGAUCAUGGGUCAGGAGGACAUGUUCCCCUCGGCGGUGAGGUCGGCCUUCUUGCAGGUCGUGUUCGACCGGGCGAACCUCUCCGGUCCCUCGGUGAGCGACUCCGAAGUGUCGCUGUGGCUCCACAGCCGCCUGCAGCCGCUGCUGGUCGGACUGUCGCCGGUGCACGUGGCCCCGUUCUUCGGUGUGCUGGCGGGAAGGAACUGCAGCAUCGGGCAGCUGGGUGUGGAGAAUCUCAACCAGACCAUCUCAUCGCUCAGUGACGACACGCAGGACGAGAUCCACGCUCACAUCGUUCAGAGUCUGCAAGGUCCGACGCCGCUCCGCUGCUACAGCGACGGCCAAAGCUUCUACGCCUUCCUGGUGGACUCAUUCUUGGGAUUCCAGUUCCCCAACCUGACAACGUUCCUGCUGCUCAUACCGCACGACCGAACGCAUCAGCUGGUCAACUCCAUGCCUCCGUCACACCUUGGGGAAUUCCUCCGCCGGCCUGACGUGGCGGAGGAUCACUCUCAGCUCUGUGACCUCUACAGCGUCUACACGCAGACGCCAGCCUUCCUGGCCCAGGAGCAUGUGGUGGAGUCCCUGAGGUCGCCCACCCUGCAGUGCGUGUGGCCCACGGCUCUCAGGAGCGCCAACAGGUCGGAGGUGGAGCUCUGGUUCGACGGCCUUCAGCAGGAUUACCUGCCGCUGCUCACCAGGAGUCUGAUCAGUCCCAACGUCACGCACAACGCCUCCUGCGUGGCCUUCCAGAAGCUCGUCUCGGCUCUGGGUGAUCACAACUACACCGCGGCAGACUUCGAAAGGAGAGACGUGUUCAGCACCAUUAAAGAUUACCUCACCUCAGCCUCUGUGCCGAGGUGCUAUGACGACACUGACCCAGAGCUGAACUCCACAGCAUGGUUCGCUCACUACAUCGGGCCUUUCAUAGGCUUCCUCACUCUGGAGGACCUUCUGACCUUUGGAUCUCAAGAGGUCAUCCAGGUGUUCACAGUGGACCCUCUGAACAUCGCACUCAUCAACCACGCUUCGUUACCCGUCAACCUAACCAACUACUACACUCAGCUCAUUUAUCAGCAGGACAGCAACUUCAACCCGCUGGUUCUUCCUCCUCUGUGCUGGUGUGUCGUUCCCGGUCCGGCGUUCAUUCAGCUGACGCCACUGCAGAGUCGCAUCGUUCUGUACAACCUGACUUCUCUCUGCACAGACGUGGAUCCACAGACCUCUGCUGCUCUGGCCGGUAACUUCGGCGACAGCAUCACUCUGGACGAUAUCGCUGCUCUGGGCAGUGCAAUCACCGGUCUGUCCUCCAGCCAGCUGACCACGAUCAACCCCAUGCUCAUCCUGGCCUCCCUGAGCAGCUUCAGCGGCGUGACGGGCUGGAGGCACAGCCAGGCCAGAGUCAUCAUCCGGGCUGUGUUGGCGUCGGGCUUGAUGCAGAUGAACAGCUCGUCUCUGCUCAUGCUGGGCUCUCUCGUGGUGGGUUUGCCCUCCAGCGUGCUGACGGGCAUCAGCGGCUCCCAGCUGAUCGCCGUCUCCCAGCACUCCUCCUUCCUGCAGCACCUGUCGUCUGCUCCCCUGGUUCUGCAGCAGACCUUCGUCACCCAGAUCAUAUCUCAGGACAGGAGCAGCGAGGUGAUCAUCCAGAACGUCCCGGACGACUUCGCCGCCGAGAUUCCUCGAGCUCUGCUGCUCGGCUUGCCGGGCAGCUCCAGCGUCAUCGGCAGGCUCAACAGGAAGAGUUGGAAGAAGCAGCAGGCUGAGCUGUUCUUUAGCAUCAUCGCUACAGAAACUGCAACAACGCAGCUGGGAAGCGCAAACAAUUUGUCGUCCUCGGUGCUCCAGGGGUUUACGUGCAUCGGGGUGAGGACCAUCCAGAGGAGGCAGAUCAGGAGGCUGAUCAGAGCCUGCCGCCGGAACAGGGUCACGCUGGUGGAAACUCAGCUGACCUGCAUGUACAGCUUGAUCAGGGACGAUCCAGAAGUCACGAGCUUCGCGCUGUACCCUCCGGACAUGCUGCUGUACUACAACUACUCGCUGGUGCCGGCCGCCAGCUGCAGGUCCUACUUUGAACAGCUGGCAGGUGCAAACUUCUACGUGUUCUCCUCGGCUCUCAGCUACAUCCGGACUGAUCUGUUUGAGAACGCCAGGAGCUGCCUGGGUAUCACCAACACGAGCCUGACGAACGAUACCGUGUCAGUGUUGGGGAACAUGUGCUGCGUUCUUAACGGAUCGUACAUAGAAAACUCCGAUCCCUCCAUCCUGGACGCGCUCAACGGCUGCCAGGAUCUGACUGACGGCCAAGUGGCUGCAGUGGAGACGCUGCUGCUGAGCGGAAACACGCAGUACGGAGCUCCCGCGUCGUGGGACUCACAGACCCUCGUCGACCUCCAGAUGCUGCCUCUGUAUUUAACAUCAAACUUCUACGAUAACUUUAACAGAAGAACAAAGCGCUCCUUCCUGAGGUUUUUCCUGAGAACUUUCCGAGUCGGCAGGCGGAAGAGGCGGAAUCUGAAGAGGCACAUCCGGCAGUCCAUCAGGAACAGGUCCAGACGGUCCACAGACCCUGCAUGUACAGUGGGAGAGAUCACGCCGGUGACCAUCAGCGACGAGGCCUUCCCCUUUGACUAUUUCGAGAUCAACCAGUUCAACAGCUGCCUGUCGGCCCUGACGGUCCGAGACAACCUGGACGCCAUCGCGGAGAAGGUGGAUCUGGAUGAACACCGCGGAGUCGUUCUCAGCAAGCUGCACGAGGCUUACAACUCCUCCAUCCCUGAGGGACAAGUCCAGAACCUGGGCCCGGUGUCCCGAGUGGCGUCCGUCGAAGACGUCCACAGGUGGACGAUCACUCAGGUCGACACGCUCGCGUCUUUGAUGGACCCAGAAGACGGAGAGUGGAACUCGAGCCUGGUCGUCGCCAUCGUCUCCAAAUACCUGAAUGAGGAGGGGAACCAGCUGGGCAGCGCGGAGCUCAACGCCAUCGGAGGAACAAACCUGUGUUUCCUGGACAUCGAUGUCCUGAAGAACAUUUCCCAACAAAGUCUCAGGGAGGCCGACGCCUUGAAUGUGACGAGCUGCUCCUCAGAGCAGAAGGAGGAACUCUUCAUCAUCGCCAGACGGGCGUUCGCCCAAACCACCCGGGCUACGACCAACGUGUCGGCUGAGGAGUACCAGCUCACACAGUCCUACUUAGGCGGUGCGGAUUUAGACUAUGUGCGAAGUUUGGUGUCGUCCAACGUCAACAUGGAAUUGCCGACCUUCGUCGGCAUGCAGAGGAGCGUUGUGUUGAACCUGACUGUUGACGAAGUCGAGGCUCUUCUGGGCACCAACCUGCCGGUUCUGAAGUCCUACGAAAACGAUCCGCUGGUGAGCAGCUGGGUCGGCCUGCAGCUGCAGUCAGAGAUCGAUCGGCUGGGCGUGGACCUGAUGGGAGGCAGGGCCGACCCCACCACGGCCUCCCCGGCCACCAACACACCGGCGGCCAACGCCUCGACAGCCAGACCGGCAACCACGACCGCCGGGACCACGUCCGGGUCCGGGUCCGGGUCCGGGUCUGGAGCCACCACGACCAGCCCCACCACCACGACCAGCCCCACCACCACGACCAGCUCCACCACCACCAACACCACAGCUCAUGGAGUUUGUGUCCGAGCAGAUCCUGGCCUCUCCCUCCUCGUCCUCCUCACACUCCUCAUCACGUCCCUCACCGCCACAUAACGUGCGCACGCACGCACGCACACACGCACACGCCCGCACGCACGCACACACACAACAAAGAAUAUUUAUGGAUAACUGAAGGAUGUAAGCAGGGCAUUUGCUGUUCGCCACACGGUAUUGCUCACCGCGAGGACAUAUUUUAUGUGCAAUAACGCCAGAAAUGUAAAUAAUAUAUUCUUGAUUACUUAUUGCUUCAGUAGGAUGUUUAACAAGUUCUGAAACCUUGUUUUUUGCCAAUAAUUUUUACACUUAUAAACAGUUGGAGGUUCCACUGAUGAUUGAAGGAGGCGUUUCCUGCUGCGUUGGUGUGACUUUCCUCCCACUGGCUGACUGCAAUACUUCUGGAUGACAGUUAAAAAAUAAAUACAUCAUGCUU